CCCACACUCCCCUGAACCAAAAGUAGACUUCCAGAGAGAGAAAAAUAUAAAUGCCUGUCCUACUCUGACGCUCCGGCGAAUCAAACCGCCUCGUUCUCUGUUCCCCACCGGUUUCACGGCCAAAAAUGGACGACCCCGGCAUUGUCCGAUUCCCGGGGACCCUCGAUCCCUGCGCUCAAGAAUUCUUCCCGACGAAUAACCCAUUCUCUUCUCUGUUCCCGCCGCCCUGCUUCCCUCAUUUCCCUUUUCACCGCCCUCCGCCGCCGCACUACGACGGCGCGGGGUGCUCUGUUCUUGCUCCGCCGCCGUUGCAGAGCCCGGACCUUCCCCUGCCGGCACCGUCCCCGACUCGGGCAGUUCUAGUCAGCAUGGUCUCCCCUGACGUCAGUGAGUCGAUGGUACGGAGGGAGAUGGAGACGUUCGGCGACGUGAGGGCCGUCCAGAUGGAGAGAGUGAGGCAGGGGAUUGUGACCGUCCAUUUCUACGACCUCCGCCACGCGGUGGCGGCAGUGGCGGAGAUUCAAGAACAGCACAUGCAGCAGCAGUACCGGCUGCGCCUCCACUACGAGUCAGUCAUGGCGGCCGCCCAUCAUUUCCCUCCGCCUCCACCUCCGGCUCGCGGACUCAUCGCCGGGCGGGCGGUGUGGGCUCAGUUCGUCGCCCCCGACUUAUACGCCGCCGCCGACGGGGGUAAUCAAGGGACACUCAUCAUAUUCAACUUGGAUACCCACAUUUCCAAUUCUCAAAUCAGAGAUAUUUUCGAAUCAUUUGGGGCGGUGAAGGAAUUGAGAGAGUCGCCGGUGAAAAGGAACCAAAGGUUCGUGGAAUUCUAUGAUGUAAGAGAUGCAGCAAGAGCAUUGUCGGAGAUGAACCAGAAAGAAAUAAAUUCCAGGAAAAUCUUGAUUCAAUACAGUAGACCCGGUGGGUCCGCCGUAUCCACCCCCAGAUUUCUCCCACCACCGCCGGCGGCGGCGUCAUUUCCGCCGCACAGGGCGGCGGCAAUGCCGCAUCCCAGAUGUUAUGGCGGCGAGAAACUUAAGAGAAACUCGAAGGGAAACGAAGGGUCAUCAGUUCGAGAAUCAAUGGCUUCUUUGUGUUUAACGAGUGGGAAUAGCAACUGGGAUGGAUCAUCUUCUUCUUCGACUUCGUCGAAGCAGAAUAGGAGGGGGAAUAAUAGGCGAUCAUGGAAAGGGGGGAGCAAUAAUAAGAAUAACAAGGAUCGUGAAGAUCCUCGGUUCUUAAUAAACGAGGACGCCAUUGAAGCUGACUCUGGAGAUUUAAGAACCACUGUCAUGAUAAAGAACAUACCCAACAAAUACAGCCAGAAGCUGCUGUUGAACAUGCUGGACAACCACUGUAUUCACUGUAACGACCAGAUUGCCGGCACCGACGGCGGCGACCUCCCCAAAUCCUCAUAUGAUUUCGUUUAUCUACCUAUUGAUUUCAUUAACAAGUGCAACGUUGGAUAUGGGUUCGUGAACAUGACCUCCCCGCAGGCCACAUGGAGGCUCUACAAAGCAUUCCAUCAACAAUCCUGGGAAGUCUUUAACUCCAGAAAAGUCUGCCAAGUCUCUUAUGCUCGAUUACAAGGUUUAGAAGCAUUGAAAGAGCAUUUCAAGAACUCGAAGUUCCCGCGGGACGCGGAGGAGUACAUGCCGGUGGUGUUCUCUCCCCCGCGAGACGGGAAGACGUUGACCGACCCGGUCCCGAUAGUUGACUGCCCAGUUCUCACCAGUCCCCAAAAUCCCAGUGGGAGUAUGGAUGACAAUGACUGCAGCAGUGGAGAUCUGGGUGAUGAUUCAUGAGUGACCAAAAAACAACUGAAAUGCUACUACUCUAGAGGGGUUGGGGGGUUCGGUAAUUGUGUUGGAUUUGCACACCACUUCCUUGAUUCUUCUGUUAAUAGAAAAGAUAGAUGUCCAGUCCUAGUCAGCAUCCAUCACACCAGGUAGUAGCAACCCAUGCCACCACCCACCCAGUGGUGGUGAGGCUCUCAUCACAGACCUGAGACUUGACUCAGUGUACUAAGUACUACUGAUAGCUGCCAGGCAAUUCACUUUGUCAGUCUACUUAUUAUUAGUGGUAUGCAUUUGCUCCUCUUUUUCAUUUUUGUAUCAGCACCACGAAGCUAUGAAGCACGGAUACUUCCCUAAGGUAGAGUAUCGGCGUAUCCGAUAUGUUUCCGUAUCCGAUACUCUAGGAUACCCGUACUGUACGUUCCCGG